CCGCCAUAAAACUCAACAGAAGAAGAAGAAGAAGAUGGUGUAGCCCUUUAAGGCUCGUGCAACGUCGAGCUCCCGUCGCACUUUAAACGUCAAAUGCGGAAGUAUCAACAUGGAGGACGGGAGAGAGGCUUCCACGAAUUCACUUCUUAAAGAUGAGUGCUAUGCUGAUUUCCUGGCAGAGGAGUUUGAUGUGAAGACGUACACUGCUCAGGCUAUUCACCAUGCUGUCAUUGCUGAGCAGCUGGCCAAGCUGGCACAGGGCAUCAGUCAGCUGGACAAGGAGCUGCACAGCCAGGUUGUGGCCAGACAUGAAGACUUACUGUCUCAGGCGACUGGGAUAGAGUCUCUUGAAGGGGUCCUUCAGAUGAUGCAGACAAGGAUCAGUGCUCUGCAGGCAGCUGUUGACAGGAUAAGGACGAAGAUUGUUGACCCGUACAACAAGAUUGUGGCCAGGAUCACCCAGCUUGCCAGACUGCAGGUGGCUUGUGACUUGCUGCGGAGGAUAAUUCGGAUCUUGUACCUGAGCAAGAGGCUCCAGGGUCAGCUACAGGGGGGCAGCAGGGAGAUCACCAAGGCUGCUCAAAGCCUCAACGAACUAGACUAUCUGUCACAAGGUGUGGAUCUAAGCGGCAUUGAGGUGAUUGAGAAUGACUUGCUGCUGAUCAGCAGAGCCAGGCUGGAGGUGGAGAACCAGGCCAAGAGACUGCUGGAACAGGGCAUGGAGAUCCAGAAUCCCACCCAGGUCGGCACGGCCCUGCAGGUCUUCUAUAACCUGGGCAGUCUAAGAGGGACCAUCAGCUCCGUAGUGGGGGGUUACAGGACCACUAUACAGGACAACAUCACAAGUACUCUAGACAUCAAGGGCCUGACACAGCCAGCCAAUCCCAGAGGUGCACCAGGCAGAGCAGUGCUGCCUACACCAGGCAACACCGCAGCUUUCCGUGCUGCUCUGUGGACCAACCUGGAGAAAUUGAUGGACCAGAUAUGUGCUGCGUGCAGACAGGUGCAACAUCUGCAGAAGGUCCUGAUGAAGAAGAGAGACCCUGUCACUCAUGUGUGCUUCAUUGAUGAGAUCAACAAGGAUGGUCAGCCUGAUAUCCUCUACACCUUCUGGAAUGAUGUAACCAACACACUUAGUGAGGAGUUUCACAGAGCAACUGAAGCCUCGUCCUUCUUGAAGCAGGCGUUUGAAGGAGAGUAUCCUAAGCUGUUGCGACUGUACAACGAGCUGUGGCGCCGCCUGCAGCAGUACAGCGCCAGCCUGCAGGGGGCGCUAACAAGCAGCGGAGGGAUGGACGCUUCUCUGGACAUCACUGCCACAGAGACAGACAGUCAGGACCUCUUCACACACGGAAAACAGGACUACAACCCAGAGAAGGCCCUGAAAGACUCUCUGCAGCCGUACGAGGCGGCCUACCUCUCCAAGUCCCUCUCUCGCUUGUUUGAUCCCAUCAACCUCGUGUUCCCUAUGGGUGGCCGUAACCCGCCCUCCAACGACGAGCUGGACAGCAUCAUCAAGACCAUCAGCAGUGAGCUGAAUGUAGCAUCAGUAGAUCCAAACCUUUCUCUGGCUGUGGCCAAGAAUGCUGCCAAGACCGUCCAGCUCUUCUGUGUCAAGUCUGAACAGCUGUUGUGUACUCAGGGUGAUGCCAGUCAGGUGAUUGGUCCCUUAACAGAGGGCCAGAGGAGGAACGUUGCUGUGGUCAACUCCCUCCACCGUCUGCAGCAGGCCAUCGCCAAGAUUAUUUCAGGCCUGGGGUCGUGUCCAGCAGCUGCUGCCGAGGCCCUCUCUUCUUCUUUGGAGGGGGUGCAGGCCCUGAUGAGCAGUGCAGUGCAGCCUCUCCUGCAGUCAGUGAGUGACUCCAUAGAGGCCAUCAUCAUCACGCUACACCAAGAAGACUUUUCAGGGCCUCUGUCCAGCCCCGAUAAACCGGACGUCCCCUGCUCUCUCUACAUGAAGGAGCUGCAGGGCUUCAUCUCCAGAGUGAUGGCUGACUACUUCAGACACUUCCAGUGUGUGGACUUCAUCUACGAGAGCACAGAAUCCAUCGCUCAGCGGGCCAUCGAGCUGUUCAUCCGCCACGCCAGCUUGCUGCGCCCGCUGGGAGAGGGUGGCAAGAUGAGGCUGGCUGCUGACUUUGCACAGAUGGAGUUGGCAGUGGCUCCUCUGUGCAGGAGAGUGUCUGACUUGGGGAAACCCUACAGAAUGCUGCGCUCUUUCAGGCCACUGCUGUUUCAGACCAGCGAGCUGAUAGCCAGCAGUCCAGCUGUGGGUGACCUGAUCCCCUACAGCACCCUGCUGCACUUCCUCCUCACCAGAGCCCCAUCUGAGCUCAAGUCACCUCACCAGAGAGCAGAGUGGUCCAUUGCCCGUUACUCCCAGUGGCUGGACGAUCAUCCCUCUGAGAGAGAUAGGCUCACUCUCCUCAGGGGCGCUCUGGAGGCCUAUGUGCAGUCAGUCCGGGCUCGGCAGGGGAAGGAGUUUGCUCCCAUCUAUCCCGUCAUGCUGCAGCUGUUACAGCGAGCCACCAGCGGCUCACAGGAGGUCAGAGCCUGAGGACGACACAGCUGUAGGUGUGAUGAACUUCUGUCUGACUACAGUACAGCACGUUGUAGUUCGACGAAGUGUUUGUUGGGAUCAGGUUUAGCUCUAUGCACACUACAUAACGCCUCCUUUAUUGACUAUAGCAGCUGUAUUCCAUCUAAAAAGUUAAACGGAUCUUUCUUAUUUUCACAAUUCUGACUGUGCUGUGGAGGGAUACAUGUUGACAUUGGUGAUAAAAGGUUUUGCUUCUAACGACACUGACCCUGGCACUCUUCAUUAAGCAAAAAAAUUGGGUUAGUCGCUUUACCUGAAAAUCUUAAGAAACAUGUCCAUUAUAAUACAACUGACUAUAACAAGCUAUAGUCACGUGAUUUGGAUUCAGCUUUCUCCAGACACAGCUGUAAAAAUGUAAUCUGCUAAUGGUGGAGUAGUUAUGUUAAUCUGUGACAAGUACAUCAAUGACACUUGAUGGAAAUAUUUGCAUGACUUUUAUUUGUACAGUACUUCAUUAGAAGCAGGGGUAUGGAGCACACAGACAGUAUGCACAGGUGUAUUCAGAUAGGCCAUUUCCACUGGUUGGGAGGAGGCUCCUCCAACAGCGGCUCCCAUGGUUUCCACUCCAACAUCUUCCUGGACAGAGCCAGCUCACACUCCGCCUGCACACACACACACACACAACAAAACUCUGAUUAUCCCAUGAAGAACAGACAAUUCAGGUAUCAUGCUUUAAAUGUUUGGAAAUACACUGAUACCACUCUCAUGUGUGUCCUUUAAAGUUGUAAUCCUGGUUGAUUUGGCGACACCUGUAGUUAGUGGUGGUAACAGGUCACUGAAUUAUGGGGGCAGCAAAACAAAUUAUUGUGGUUUUAAUAAAGUCGGGCAGUAAUAGCCUUUAUCCAUCA